GCUGCCGAGGUAAUUGAGCUUUCGGAUAGUGGGGCAACCAAACUGAUCGCCAGCAACGCGGAUGUCUCUGCAGAAUAUGCCGAGCUCGUCGAGGAUGAGCGAUUGGAGGGGCUGCCUGGAAUUACGUUGAAAGAAAACGCUGACGCAGGCGUCGCCACGGAUCGCCAAGAGCCUGACGCGACAUUCCUUGUCAAAGCACCUACGAAAGGCAUCUACCUGAUACGGACGUUUGCCGUUGUUGAUGACCAUGGGAAUAAGCUCAUGGAGGAAGCGAAGGGUAAAUAUGACUCACUCUUCAUGAAGCUUCAGGUUACGGGAAAGUUCCACUUUAACGGUGACGAGCAGAAGCUGAAAAUCUGGCUUCCUCAAGGUGUUCGCCUUGGAUAUGUCACGAUUCAGCCCUAUGUCGCCCCGGCAGUUUGGGAUAAGCUUGCUCGAAAGGCGACACAACCGUUUGAGAUUACGUUCGCCGAGAACGAAGAAACGCCGCACAAUGCCGCGCUAGAGAAGGCAGCUGAAACGAAAGCCUUCUACUACUUGAUGACCGGUGACGAGAAAGUUGGUCGCGAGGCGGUUCAGUUGAUGAACGAUUACCUCGAGCGUGUUGAGUUUGGCAACAUUCUCGACAUUACUCGAGAGGUUGGCCGCGCCAUUUACACCGGUUCGCUUGUGUUCGAUUGGUGCCACGAUCUGCUUAGUGACGACGAACAAGCCACGCUGCAUAAGAAUCUCAUGCGAUUGGCAAUGGAUAUGGAGUGUGGCUGGCCACCGUUCCGCCAAACGAUCAUCACCGGCCAUGGCGCCGAGGCUCAGAUCAAUCGCGACCUGUUGAGCAUGAGCAUUGCCCUGUAUGAACGAGAUCCGACGUUGUACCAGUACACAUCGUACGUGAUUCUCGAACACUUGGUUCCCAUGCGAAAGUUUGAGUUUCAGUCUCCGCGAUACAACCAGGGCGUCAGUUACGGAGCGUUUCG